CUCUCUCUCUCUCUCUCUCUCUCUCACGUGAGUCUCUCACAAGAGUUAUCAGACGGCCAGCCUCCUGGCAGCAGAGACUAUUCCACACAACACCUCGACGAACAAACACACAGACAUAGACACACACGCACAAACGCGCGCGCACACACACACACACACACACACACACACACACACACACACACACACACACACACACACACACACACACACACACACACACACACAAAACAACAUGCGUCAAAGAAAGACCCGCAGCGGCGAGCUUUCGCAGUAACCCUCCUCAACCUCCUCAUCCUCGGGAGAUGAUGGCCAGCCGGUGCGGAGACGCAAACACCGGACUAAACACGACCACCAACCGACGAGGCGCCUCCGGUGCGACCGGUGAUGAUGAUGCGACGAAGACCACGAAGAACACCACGGCUCUCCCUCGCUGGAUGCGGCUUUAUUUCUAUGGCAUGCACGGGGUGGCCGUGGACGUCCUGCUGUCUUCAUUCUGUGGGAUCGUUUUCGAGCGGGACCCCAAAUUGGUAGGCUACUCCUCGCCGUACCUGUGCCUCGCUCACUGCCUCACCCACUGGGCGCUGGAGCGGCUCCACGCGCGGAGGAAGCUGUUCCCCGGUGGUCCCGCGGUGUUCUCGCUCGUGCUCUACCCUUGCGUGUACAUUGGCCUGCACAUCCUCCUCCUCGAGAGUGUAAACAUAGGCUCGCGGGCGGGACCGGGGCUCGCGCUGGCUGGGGUGACCCCCUUGCAGAUCGCGGUGCAGUACCUCGUGGCGCUAUACUUCUCCCGCGUCUUCCACCCGUGGCUGUCCCGCCUACGGUACCACCACCCCCGCCCCCACCCCGGCUUCACGGAGCACAAAAACGGGGUUCAGGUGGCCGAGCAUGGGGGCCUCAAGGGUAUCCCGGAACACGGACUCAACGGUCUCCCGGACAUGGCCCACUUGGUGUUCUACGGCAUGCACGGCUUCCUGGACGAGGUGGUGUUCACCGCCGCCUUCAACCUGAUGGAGCGGCGCGCGCUCGGCGGCCACACGUCCCUGUGGUCCUUCCUGAUGUACGGCACGUGCAGCUUCGUGGUUGAGAAGCUGUACGUGCGCCUGCGCUACGCGUGGGGCUGGGGCACGUGGCGGCGGCUGCCCCUCUACGUGGCCUUUAUCUACGCCUGGGAGCUCACGUCGGGACUCGCGCUGAGGCAGGUGGGCGCGUGCUCGUGGGAUUACUCUCACUACCCGGGUAACUUCAUGGGGCUGGUGACCAUCGUGUACCUGCCCGGCUGGAUGGGACUGAGUCUGUACCAGGAUGUCCUGUCCAACGUGCUGUUCCGUGUCCAGUGGGUGGGGGGGUCGGGGGAGGUUGAGGAUGGGGGGGAAGAGGAGGAGGACGGGGAGAGUGGGAAGAUGGAUCUAAGUAAAAAGUUGUUGUAAGUUGUGUAAAGAGUCGUUUUAUGAACGAUGAAUAAGGCACCCCCAGGCAUAGAAUAAAAAAAAAUUCCAGUGAAAGCAAAGCCCUUUCAUUAUUGUGGAUCAAGUUGAUUGACGUUUUCAUUGAUUUAUUUACAUUCCUGACAGAGUCGAGUGUGAUUGUUUUUUUGGCGUUUGGGUCUCGGCCUACCCUUGCUUAGACCUGUUAUUGUCGACUGUGUGGCUCCCGGCCGGGGCCUUGUGUCAGGGACCUUUCCUUAGUGAGCAUGUGGGUGUUCCAUUACAGAGUGGAAACCGGCCUGACCUGUUCUCGGUGCCAAACACGAAUAGCAACUUCCUGGUGAAGGUGUGACGGAAAUCUCUUGUUGUUAAGAAUUGAAAGUUGGGAGGAUAUUUAUGCGUCGGGAUUUGGGAGGAUAUUUGUUGUUAUCUUGUCUGGGUAUGAGUAUGUUCUUUAGGUUUGACUCAUUGAUCGGUCCUACACUGCCAUUUCUAAUGAUUGUGAUUUCACCGUUGGGAAUGUUAUUCACAUUGGGUCCUAUAGGCCUCCUUCAGACAAACAGUAUCACCAUUUUUUGUAAUUUGUAAGUAAACUCAACACCCCUCUUUGGUGUUGGAAGUGCGUUAAAACCAUUCACUAGCAUGCCUUUACAAUUUGUUUUUAUUGCAUGUUGUGCAAAAUGGAACAUAGCCUCCAGGAAGACCAAGGCCAGAAGACCGAUACGUCAAUAUUUGCUGUUAAGCAUAAAAUAACGAAAAUAUAAGAAGACAAAUAUUUUAAAGACGCCUUAAAUUCAAUCCCAAAUUGUUCCUUGUUUAUUGUGUCAGUAACAAAUAUAUAGACUAGGCCUACUUGUUUUCUUUCUCUCUAAAGGACAUACCACUUUCUUACCACCGUUGUUCGCGUUUGUGUUCACAUCAGCCACGUCCUUGAAUGAAACCUAUUGACACAUGAAAGAGUUGAACGGAUAACCCUCGCAGUCACAUGGAGCCAGAGGAAGCGAAGUGUAACCGAUUGGAUUUGACCUGCAGCGAUGGGGCUGAAUAUACUGUGAAUCAUUCAAUGGAUCCAAUGAAUCUCCCCCUGUCCCCUAUGCUGGAGUGCCUUACCUCGAUAUCCAAUAAGGCAGCUGGACUGGAGAGACAAUAGCCCUGUGUUUACUAUGGGGCAUCUGUCUCGCUAGCGAAACCGGAAACACACUUUUAUGGCGGCCCGCUGGCAGCCAUUGUUAUCGCCUGACAUAUGGUUUAUUUUCAUGUGAGGAGAUUGUUUGAUUAAAUUGCUAAAUAAUUG